AUGGUACGUCCUCUCCAGCUUCACGGCGAAGGCACUGGAGCGCUGUGUAGGUUUUUAGCGACACAUUUGAGCGCCAAGAAGCGGAAGGAUCAGAAUGUAAAGAAGCUAGUACAGGAAAAGUCAAAUAUUGUACUGACAACGCGUGAAUUGCGACAAAUGGCGACGUUAUUGAGUGAAUUACGAGCCUCUGAGCCCUCGACGCCCAGUCUCGUGUCGUUAUUGCGACAAGGAAAAGGUGUUUGUGUACGUGCAGUGGCUGUUGAGGAAGAAGAAGGAGAGGAAGAGCAAAAGAUCAAGGAGAUGAAGAUUCAAUGUGUGGCCAAGCGCCGUGAAAAGCUGCAGCGUCUGGAUGAGGAAAUGCAAUAUAGUAAUCUGAUACGUAACUUUAAGACGUCAUCGAUUACAAAGGAGCUGGCAAACUACCAGACAAAUGCACGUCAACAUUUCUCUAUUGGUGCAAAUAUGGUAAUGGCUCGGAUCACGGCAUUUGUUGCCGUGUAUUUUGUGGCGCAGAAUCUCACUGAUAACGAGACGACGAGACUUGUUGCUGGUCUUGGUGGUGCCAUUGUUAUGAUGGUCAUUGAGAUGGUGUUAUUUAUUGCACGUGCAGCAAAGAUUGAAAGUUUUGAACAGAAACAGAGGAAGGUUCCGAACAUCUUUUAG